UAAGUUUUCAAGAACCAAGAAAGGGGACAGAGUCAAUACCAAAAUAUGGACUAACUUCUGUAAUAAAGGGGCUCUUCUAGUCUUCUUCAAAAUUGCAGGCAGGCAGGCAUGUUUAUUUAAGUUCUUCUUGUGUUUCGUUUUUUACCUUACCUUGUUUAGAACAGCAAAAGGGAAACCCUUUUUAAUCCCACAGUUUCUUGUUUUUGCCUAACGAAGCCAAAUGCUUUGUUGUCCUUCUUUUGACGUAUAUACUCUGCCCCAAGUGUUGUUUUCGGACAAUAAGAACUGAUUUCGGGGCUGUGUCGAUUUUGCCCACACAGGGAAUUUAUCACUACAGAUUAGGGUUCUUGAUUUGGGGGUUUGGGUGGUUACAAUUUCGUCAAAAAAUUAUUACUUGGAUUAGGGUUUUGUUUUGUCUGAGAUUGUAAGGAUUUGAAGACGAUUGCUGGAGCAUUCUUUCGGUUCCUUUUUUGCCCUUUGAUGAAUAAACCCUCGAUAUGGAUCAUCCUGCAGCAGUUGAAAUCACCAAGGACGAGAAUGGAAUUUCACAGGUGUUGCUUCGGACAUUGAAGGGAGCUUCGGCAAAGGUGAGUCUUCAUGGAGGACAGAUUCGUUCCUGGAAAACCGACAGGGGCGAAGAAUUGCUGUUCACCAGCGCAAAGUCGAUUUCGAAGCCGCCGGCUUCUGUUCGAGGAGGAAUUCCCAUUUGUUUCCCGCAGUUUGGGAAUCGUGGAUCACUGGAGCAGCAUGGAUUUGCCAGGAACAGGUUGUGGGCCGUGGACGAAGCGCCGCCGCCUGCGGAUUCCGGCAGCAAAGCGUUCGUCGACUUGGUCCUGAAAUCGUCCGAUGAUGAUCUCAAGAUAUGGCCCCAUGGUUUCGAGCUCCGGCUUCGUGUAAUUCUGUCCGCCGAUGGACAUCUCGGGAUGAUAUCGCGAGUCCGGAACGUCAACUGCAAGCCAUUUAGUUUCACCUUCGCCUAUCACACGUAUUUAUCCGUUUCGGACAUCAGCGAGGUAAGAGUGGAGGGAUUGGAGACACUCGACUACCUCGACAACCUGAACAACAAGGAACGAUUCACCGAGCAAGGCGAUGCCCUGACCUUUGAGUCCGAGGUCGACCGAGUCUACCUCAGCUCAACGGACGCAGUCGCGGUAUUCGACCACGAGAAGAAGCGCACAUUCGUAAUCGCAAAGGAAGGGCUUCCCGACGUCGUAGUUUGGAAUCCAUGGGAGAAGAAAGCAAGGGCAAUGCCCGAUUUCGGAGACGACGAGUACAAGCAAAUGCUCUGCGUCGACGCUGCUGCUAUCGAGAAGCCGAUAACGUUGAAGCCGGGGGAGGAAUGGACCGGCCGAGUCGAGAUUUCGGUGAUGCCGUCGAUACAGUAAAGCUGCUGCCGGCGCCGGAGCUGAUACAACUAACCUAUUUUGCUGAUUGACCGUCGAUGGCGACCUUUAUUUCAGAGUCGCCACAAAUGAUCAAAUACGUGGUCAGCAGAAAGCCAAUAAUAAUUAUAAUAAUAAUAAUAAUCGCAGAGGCUAUUUCUGUGUAUUUUGUGGAAAUGGCUUCUUGUGAAGUACUUACUGCUAGUUUGAUGGUUUCAAUUUUUAUUGUCUAAUGUUUGUUUGUGUGAUUGCUGCAA